AUGCAACUCCGAAGCAUGCUCCCAGCACUCCUCCUCCUGUCAUCCCCGGCAUCCUCCCAGAUCGUCUCAAUCCAGGGCUCGGACACCCCUCCCGUAAUAGACGGGAACUCUGUCGAAGGCGACAGGAACUAUGAAGCACCCUACUUCCCACUUGUGGGGUUCAAGAACUUCUCUGGCAAUCCUAUCAUGAAGCCGAACCCUGCCAACGGAUGGGAAUCGAGAUAUCUCUACAACCCCAGUGCCAUUGUCGUCGAUGACAGGAUAUUCCUCAUCUACCGAGCCCAGAAUGACAGCCUGACGUCGUCAAUCGGACUUGCCUGGUCAUCAGACGGAACCAGCUUCACCCGGUACAGCAACCCUAUCCUCACACCCUCAGAGUCGUACGAGACGCCGGGCGGGUGCGAGGACCCCCGUGUGAUCCGGGUCGACGGCACGUUUUACAUGACGUACACGGGCUACGACGGUGAAAAGGCACGGCUAUGUAUCGCCACGUCAACGGACCUCGUGCACUGGGAGAAGCAUGGGCCCGUCCUUCCCGACAUCAAUGACGUGUGGUACGACCACAGCAGUCCGAUCAACUCCUUCCUCCCGCGAACGGGGUGGAGCAAGUCCGGGUGCAUCAUGGCCGAGAAGCAAGCCGACGGACUGUACCACAUGCUCUUUGGCGACUCUUACCUCUAUUCCGCCAAGUCACCCGAUCUGCUCCACUGGAACUACACAGUCGACGGUGCUCCCUAUGCGCCCUCUAUCCUCCCCUGGGAGAAGGGCCUGAUGGAGUGCGGCCCGCCCGCCAUCAUGACGCGCGACGGGAAGUGGAUCCAGAUCUAUAACGGCGUCGCCGUGGGCCUGGGUGGGUACAAGACCAAGCAGUACAGUACGGGAGAGCUACUCCUCGAUCCUGUGAGCAAGCCUGACGGGCCGCCCAUCGCGAGGGUUGAGGAGCCGCUUCUGCAGCCGGGGAGUAGUGAUGAGCUCACUGGCCAGGUUGACGAUGUCGUCUUCACGGAGGGACUGGUUCAGUAUCAUGGAGAGUGGUUCAUGUACUUUGGACAGAGCGAUACGACCUUGGGUGUUGCCAUUGCGCCGAAGCAGUGA